UGACGUCCCCACAAUUGGGGGUGGGGAAACCCCGCCGCGCGCGCUUGCGCGUGCGCAGUUUCCCCUCUCCUCCUCCCCGCCCGGUGAAAUUCCUGGGCUGGCAGGAGCAGCCAAUAAGCGAGCUCGGAAGGAGUGACGCCAGACGCAACGGGGGUGGGUCCCCUGUUAGAACUGCAUAACUUUCCUCCUUGCAACGAAAGCAGGAAGGAAAAGGAGGACACAGGUGAGACUGGCGGCCAGGUAGGCAGCGCGCUUCCCCCGCCCCGGCUGCCGCCUCCUAGGGACUUUCUCUCCCCCCUCUGCUCUGAGUGUGCCCCCUCCCCAUCUCCCUUGGCCCCCACUCACCUGGGCAAGGCUCCAGCACCCCCUCCCCGGCUCACCUGGGUAGCGCAGCGCCUUAACCACGCCCCUCCGCCCUCUGGGUCCAGCGGAGCAGGGCGGGGAAUUUCCUAGGACCCUGCCCCGAGAGGAGUGCAAUCUCACUUGCUGGAGACGGGAGAAAGUUGGUCGCGAUGGGGUGGGGUGGGGAAACAAAGGGAAAGGGCGCAAAGCGCUUCCUUCCGAUUGCGGCUGGGGACGGGGAGGAGGGAAAGUGUUUAGCAGUAGCACAAGAAAAACGGGGGGCGGGGGAGACGUGCAGCCUUCUGACCUCCCCCUUACACAGGUAGCAGGGCCGCAGGACAUCAAAACCUGCGCUGCAUCCACAGUCGGGGAUGGGGGUGUCUUUUUAACUGCGCCAAUUCCAGCCUGAAAAACGCUGGAGAGCCGCUGCUGCCUGUCAGUGCAAACAGCUUUGAGCUAGAUGGACCAGUAUAAGGCACAGGUGAGUAGGUGGAGCUGGAAAUGUCCCCAGCCUGAAACCCUGGAAGCCAGUCAGUGUAGCAUAGCAACUGCAAACUUGCUGCUUGGUUUACCAGACAUGGUGUAUGGCACCUUCAACCCACUACAAAUCAACUUCCUCUCCUCAAGUAUAUCCUGCAGCUGGGAUUUGAACCCGCACCCAAUUCCUCACAUUUCAGAUGUGCGCCUGCUUUGUCUCUGCAGAUGGAGGGGGACCGGCUCGGCAUACCCCAAAGCACGGAGGACCACUCCCAGAGGAGCAGCAUCUCUUCCGCAGGACCCCGAAGUGAGUGAGAAGGGGGAGAGGCAGAAGAAAGGGCCUGGAAAGGGGGGGUGGGCACCUCAGGGGGGUUCUCGACCCUCAUACUGGUGCUGGAAGGGAACAGGCCUGCGCAGGGUUGGGGUUUGUGGUUAUGGGAUAAGCCCUCAAGAUCUUCAAGGUCCUGCCUUUUGCUUGACAGGCCACAUUCCGUGGGUGGUAGGGAGUAGGGCAUGUCAAAUUCUUCAGCUUUCAAAUUCCAAAAAUGAGGGGACCUAAAAAGUUGUAACAUGACUUAUAAUAAUAAUAAUUUAUUAUUUAUACCCAGGCCAUCUGGCUGGGUCUCCCCAGCCACUCUGGGCGGCUUCCAACAGAUUAAAAUACAAUAACCUAUUAAACAUUAAAAGCUUCCCUAAACAGGGCUGCCUUCAGAUGUCUUCUAAAAGUCUGGUAGUUGUUUCUCUCUUUGACAUCUGGUGGGAGGGCAUUCCACAGGGCAGGUGCCACUACCAAGAAGGCCCUCUGCAUGGUUCCCUGUAACUUGGCUUCUCGCAGCGAGGGAACCACCAAAAGGCCCACAGCACUGGACCUCAGUGUCUGGGCAGAAUUAUGGGGGUGGAGACGCUCCUUCAGGUAUACUGGACCGAAGCCGUUUAGGGCUGUAAAGGUCAGCACCAACACUUUGACUUGGGAAUUCAAAAGAUAUUUUGGUUAAAGUAAUAUAAUUUAGUUUUGCUUGGUAGUUAAAAUGUGUGUAAAUUGCACGGAAAUCAUUAAAAACGAUUGGCAAGUACUUGCCAAUAUUUUAUUAUUAUUAUUAUUUAGCAUUACCUGACAUUUUAAAAGACAGCUGUUUGAAACACUCAAAUAAUAAUUAAAAUUGGCAAUAAGCUAAAAACAUUACAUGUCAAGCUACUACAUACCUGGGUAGGUUUGCCUAAAAAAAAUUAAAAUGGAGACAGUAAUGCUUCUGAAAAGCAGUUGCUCUUGCACUCAAGUCCUGCUUGCCGGUUUCCCAUUGGGGCACCUGGUUCGCUGCUGUAAGAAGCGGAUGCUGUACUAGAUGGGCCCCCUUUGGCCUGAUCCAGCAGGCUCUCCUCAUUUACUUAAAAUGUUCUCAGCGGGUGCUGAAAAGAAUACAAUGAUGUCAUUUGGCAGGGAGUUCCAAAGUUCAGGUGCUGCCACACUAAAAUAUCUGUUAACAAAUACAGAGCAGGUAUUAUGUGACAAAUCAAAGUGGCCAAGUGUGGUAAAGCAGUCUGGUUUAGAUGCCAGCACAGAAUGCUUUGAGACCUGACUGCGUCUGGUUCCUUCAUCUGAAAAGUGAAGGAGAUUGUUGGUUUUGGGGGCUCCUGCGUCAUUUGCACGUAAAACGGGGUGGGAGUUUAGCUAGAAUCUGGAUCUCCUGUGACCUCUGCUCAAUUGCAAGAAAUGUGCUGGUGUCCCAAUCCUCCUCCUUCUCUUGUCCCAGGCCUGGACGUCCUGGUGUACCUGAUCGAUGACACAGUGGUCCGGCUAACAGUGGACAACCUGCCGUCAAUCACAGCUCACGAGCUCCAUCGGAUUGUCUUGGAAAGCCUGAGGUUGCCUGAGGGGGCCCUGGAGCUAUUUUCUCUGUGGCUGGUCUCCCCAUUUCUUGGUAAGGCUCCGCGGCUCCUUUCUAAAUGAGCCCUUAACUCUGUCGCUGCUCCUAGCACCCCUGGAGAAUCUGUUGUUAUGCCAGCUAGCGGUGAGGGGUGCCUGAGCAUGUGCAAAGUGCCUUCCUCUCGCACCCAUCUCAUGUUCCUUAACCCCAGAAGUGCACCUGAGCAUGUGCAGAGUGCCUUUCCCAUGGGUGAUCUGCUGAUUCCUAGCACUUCACAAACUGAUUGUGGGAUGUAAGCUGCAAAUCUGCUUUUGAGAGCUCAUGCAAGCAACCUGAGUCGAUGACUAAGGUGUGAGUCAAGCAAGUCCCAGGUUUGAAAGUUGCUUGUGGCAGGAGCCCUUGAGGUUGCUUUGAGCAAUCUAGUAUUCUCUCUGCCUAAGCCCACAUCUGGACUUAGGUGAUAAACUUGCUGACCUAACGUCAGCGAUGUGGCAACCCUUGAUGCAUAUUUUUCUUUGGAACUUCCCUCCAAAAACCCGCACACCCUUUCCCUUGUUUCAAAUGCAUUGCUGUGUAAAAUGUGUUGCUAGCGUAAUGAGCACCAUACAAAUCAAAUUCCAGGUCCUGCUUUGGGGCUCCCUAUCGGGGCAUCUGGUUGUCCACUGUGAGAACAGGACGCUGGGCUAGAUGGGCCCCCUUCGGCCUGAUCUAGCUGCAGAAGGGCUCUUCUCAUGUUUGAUUAUUUUUCUAAAAAAUAUAGCCCUCCUGUUCCUAGAAUCAUAGAAUUGCAGAGUUGGAAGGGACCCCAAAGGGUCAUCCAGUCCAACCCCCAGUGUUAGAAAUUAGCCAGGCACCAGGCUCAUUCUUGCAACAGGUGCGAGUCCGAUUGCGACCUAAUGGAGCUCUCUAGAUGCCAGGUUGGCAAUUGGGAAAGCAAAAUGUCACCUGGAGAAGGAUCUAAAAUAUUUUCCUUGGAGCUUGCAUUUGUUUUAUUUUGGAUUGUUUUAUUUUAUGUUUUAAUGUGUUGCAACUGCUUUGAGAUUCAUUGUUUAAAAUAUAAAGCGGUAUAGAAAUGAAAAGAAAAUCAUCAUCAUCAUCAUAAGCUCCACCAAGGGGGAAAUGGCGUCUAAACAUUCCAUUGUGGUAACCAUUUGGUGAUUAGAUUAUAUAGCUGAGUUUCUGCAGUUCCCUGCAGUGUAGGAGUCACAGCUAACUGCAUCGGUGCCUCAAAAUAGUUUACAAAAUAAAAACACACAAUUAUACAAAAUUUAGAACUCAAAUUAAGCAACAGAGAUGAAAACAUCUGAGCAGCAUAUACGGUGCAACAGGCUUGCUGGAAUGUUCAGUUGUUUUAGCCAGGCAUCUUAAACUUAGCAGGGAUGGUGCCUGCUUGAUUUCUAGUGGCAGGGAGUUCCAUAGAAUUGGGCCCAACACACUGAGACAAAAUAGGAAGCACAUGAAACACUUUAUCCAAAUGUGGGUAAUGGAAUGGGCUGAUGACACUGUCUUUCCUCUUGUUAUCAAGUGAGCUUUGCCAGCUCUGGGAGCGAUCCAGCGCUGCGCUUGCAAAUGAUCUUAGUGAUCUGAGAUGGAAGGGUCCAAGUGGUCUCUGAGGCACCCUGAACAAAAGUUGUUCAGGGCUUUGGAAAUUAAUGCUUUAGCCUUUAGCCUUCCCUUUGGCUGGAGGGGUCAGUCUCUGGGGAGCCUGCUGAAUGCCCUCACUCUCUGCCAUCUUUUUCUCUCUCUCUCUCAUCUUGGCAGAACUGCAGCUGAAGCCCAAACACCAGCCCUACAAGGUCUGCCGCCAGUGGCAAGACCUCCUCUUCCGCUUCACCAGCUGCUCCAAGGAUGAGAUCUUCGAAGGUGUGGAUGUGAGCAAAGUUCCCUCCUCCGGCCCCCCAAACUGCUGGCCUCCUACUACCUUUCUGCCGCAACUGGGCAGAGAGUUUGGGGGCCUGCUGGUUGCAGCCUCCCUUUCGAGAGGGGGAGGGAUGCCUAAUGGGCAAGCCGGUACCAAUCCGCACAGUAGUUCUGGAGGCUGUUGGGGAUGUGGGAUGGGGUCCCUUCUGUGGCUGCCUGCCUGGCAAUGCCGUGAGCAGGUAUGGCUUCCCCUGGAAGCAGCCUGCACUGCAGGGUUCUCGCGACUCACAGCUUUCUAGGCCUGCAGGAGAGGCUGUUUUGCUUUUGACGUGCCCCAUAUUGUCUUCUACGGCUGGAGGCAGCAGUGCUUUUGAAUCCCAGGUUUCUGGAAACCAUGGGAGGGGGAGAGUUGCUGCUGUUGCCACUGGCCUCAUCCAGCAGGACAGUUCUUAGGUUCUCUUUCUCUUCAUCAGAUGAGCCAUCACUGCAAUUCCGAAGGAACAUCUUUUUCCCAAAGAGGAAGGAGGCCCAGGUGAGUUCUCCCAAUGGUAUCCUCUAAUUGCAUAGUUUUCUUUACUCUCUAGGUAGUGCCACUGAUCUGCACAGUACGACAGAUUCAUGAAGGAGAGGUCUGUUGACUCUGCUAUGGCCUCUACUGUUGGAAGCAGCAAUGCUUCUGAAUGUUAGCAUCUAGGGGUUGAAAGGCCAGCUGGCUCGGCCCCAGCUGGAACGUCUCCCUCUCAGCCUUGCCGCUGUGAAGAUUCAUUGACCUCUGCUCCAACGUACAUCAGCGACUCAAGCUUGCAGACUUGAGCACACUUUGCUCAGCAGUGUAUACAGCGCAACAGAAGAGGCUUGAGGCUGUAGAUACAUACUAAGCUACGCAUUUAUUAAACAUAAAUCAGGACAAAGAAACAUGUCGUCUCUCCUUGCCGUCUUCUCGGAGAGAGAGAACAAACGACAGCUAUACAGAGCGGAAAUUCCGCUUACGCCAGCAAUCUGUGCUGGAAUGUAAGCAGACAGGCAACACACAACAAUCCCAUGUCUGCAGCAAAAGGGUGGAAUGGAAUCCUCAACACUGAAUACCAGUUGCUAGAAACCCCAGGAGGGGAGAGUGUUGCUCAGUGUUCUCGAGUCCUCCUUGAGGAUUUCCCCUUUGAGGCAUUUGCUUGGCCACUGUGAGAACAGGAUGUUGGCCCAGAUGGGCCGUUGGCCUGAUCCAGCAGCCUCUUCUUACAUUCUCUACCCCUUCCCCUGUUUGGCUUUUGAAUCUGCUUGCUGCCUGUGUGCCCAUCCUCAUUUCUCAUCUCCUCGUCCCAAGAUCCAGGAUGAAGAUGUCCUGCGGCUCUUGUACGAAGAAGCCAAGUACAACAUCCUGGAAGGGCGGUACCCUUGUGACCUGGCAGACUGCGAGGUGCUGGGAGCCUUGGUUUGCCGGGUGAACUUGGGGCGCUACGAUCCGGAGCAGCACACAGCCAGUUUCUUGAAGUAAGUGGACACAGCUGUGGGGCUGAGAUCUGUGGGGUGCUCAGCCCUUAAUGGGGGGGGGGGGUAUUGUGCCUGUGCAAGGUGGGGCUGGGGAAGGCAAAUAAGAGGGUCUCUGAAGGCUCUUGAGGCAUCAAAAAUGGCCCAGAUAUAAAAGGAGGUGGUAAUAUUUGCAAACGCUAAAAUGUUGUAUGUGCAUGAAUUGGCAAGUGGAUAACUGAUGGUUAAGGAUAAUAAGUUUUAAAACAACAACAAAAAACUAUUGUAAUAGAAGGUUACUUGUAAGGAAUGGCAUGUGAACAACUAGAAAAAAACACAGCAGCAACUAGAGGAAACUUUGGGCACAUCAAGAAUUGUAAAACAAUUUUUUUGGGGAGGGAUAUUAAAUUUGUCUUAAUUUGUGGCUGAUCUGGUAGAAUUUGGAGAAUCAAUAAAAACGGUUUGGCGAGAAAAGGAAGGAGGUGGCAAUCACCAGUAAGCUGGUGUAGAGGGAAGACAAAAGGUGUGGGGAGACUUUCCAACCACAGCAAUGGAAUCCUGGAGUUAGAUGGAACCAAAUGCAAGUUGAAGGAAGACAGCUCACACCCUGUGCCCAAGUGGAGGGAGAUCAAGCCGGGGGGCUGGGAGUAGGUGAAAGGGGGCCAGUGAAGGAUCCAAGAGCACGCAAAAGACGGCAUGCACACCAUAUGUUGAAAGCACAUUUAAUGCACAUUCCCCCCUCCCCCCAAAAGAGGAGAUGAAUGGGAACUGUAGUUCACCCCCCUCAGAGCUUCAGUUCUCAGCAUGCUUAACAAACUACAAUUCCCAGGAUUCUUUGGGGGGAGUCAUGUGACUUAAAUGUAUGUUGUGUAUGCAGUCACACUUUUCUGAGUAGAAGAGGUCGGUCAUCAACUUCAGUGAGCUAGCCCUAGUGGCCUUGACAACGUCCAGGUGAAGCUAUUCCACUAUAUAAUCUUCAUUGCGCAAGUUGCAAUUGAGAACAAAAUCAUCAUAAUUAAAAAUUUAAUCCAUUUUUAAUUAAAAUCCCUAAUUAUACUUGGCUAAAAAGAUCUGCUGUCUGCUUAGAAGUACCCUCUGCUGACUUGCUCUGAUCCUUUCCAGUUUUUUCACUCUGUUCUGUAGGUCCCAAAAGGGUAAAAAUCUAAUUAAGAAGCCGGUGAUUUCUUGAUCAGAACAGGCUGUUAAUUCAAAAGAAACGUGUCUCAAGAAUUUUUGCCUCCGGCCCAUCAUUUAAGGGACAUUUUCAUUGCCUAAUGAAUUGCGUCCCCCGUUGGCUGAUUCAAACACAAAUCCUUUGGGAGGCAGGAACCUCUUUUUGUCUGUCGCCUAACAUGACCAAAAAUCUUAGCAUGUAUGUCUGAAGAAAAUGUGACUUUCUCCAGCACCUUUUGAAGUAGCUGCUUGCUUGUAAUUUCAUAGCGAAGGUAUGUGGACCAUCCUUGUUGACCUGGCAGCCUUGAACAGGGUUAGCUGGUGAAGUGCCCUCCAUUCCCUGUGGACUACAACUUCCUUAGUGGGUCAUGCAAACUGCUAUUGUGAACAAUGCUUUUUAUAGGCAGCCCUGUAUUUAAAAAGGGUUUUAAUGCUUGAUGUUCUGUUAUGUUUUUAUGUGUGUUGGAAUCAGCCUAGAGUGGCUUGGGCAAGCCAGCCAGAAUUAAUUAAUUAAUAUGGGGUGGGGGGCACUGGGAAUGAGUUUAUAGAAACACUGGUUUAGAGUGGCCCCUCAUGAGGAAAACCCUGUAGGGCUGUAACCUGCACCCCACAGAGCUUUGUGGGGGGCAGAGGGAGCUGUACCUUACCCUAUGCUGAAUGAGCUUUUUCCUCCCCGCUCAGAGAGAGGCUGGACUCUUUCCUGCCUUCCCACCUUUGCCAAAGAGGCCACAGACUCCUCUCGGCCCUGUGGAAGCGAGGCAGUGCCCACUCGCCUGCGAACGAACAGGGCCUGCUGCGAGCUUUCCGGGAGUUGCCUGAAGAGGAGGAGGCCUGCGAGGACCGGGCUGCCCUGCGCAAGCUUUACCUCUCCUACCUGCAGAAGUGCCACGAACUGCCUCAUUACGGGUGAGUCGGGUGGCUUGGUGGUUGUGGGGAUGCAGAAUGGGCAACCUGGAUGCCAGCAUGGCAAACCACAGGGUGGUUUCUGUCAGGGUGCCCUGGCCUUGCUGGCUGCCAUGUUCAUGGGCUGUCUGCGCGCUCUCUGCCUGCUGAACAGCAUCCUGUUCUUGCAGAAACCAAAUACCCCUAAGAACCAAUGAAUCCAGAUAGACUGCCUUUGGACCUGGAGGUUCCACGAGGGCGUAAGAAGAGCCUGGCUGCUGGGUCAGGUCAAGGGAGGCCUGUCUAGUCUAGCAUCCCAUUACCACAGUUGCUAACCCAAUGGGAAGUUCUUGAGCAAGCAGGACCUGAUCACAUCAGCCCUCCUGUCUGCGCUUGAGAUUCCCCACUUGCAAUUCUCUCCUUGUGUUUCUUUCCCUCCUUUCCAGGUGUGCCUUUUUCUAUGGGGAAAUUGACAAGCCCGCCCAGGGCCUGCUGCAUCGGGGAGGGCGCAAGGCCGUGGUGGUUGCCAUCAGCCUGGAGGGCGUCUCCAUCAUCGACAGCAAGGAAAAGGUAAACUCAAAAGAUUCCUGCAUUGCAGUAGGUUCGGCUAGAUGACCCUUGAGGGGGUCCCCUUCCAGCUCUAUGAUUCUGUGAACUUUACAGUUCUGUGAUUCUAGGGGUGAGCCAGCCCUCCUCUCACUGGGGCCUGCGCUCUCUCUCUCAGGACCUGGGCUGACUUUGUGGGCUAAGCCCUCUGCGGCUCUCCAGGCCCCAGAGCCCCUUCCUGCCUCGUGGCCUGGGCUCUUUAGCAGAGUUUGCAAUAUGGAGAAGGGGUGAGGGACUUGUCGGCAGAGGAAGAAGUGGUGUCUUGGGGCCCUUCCCUUCCUUUUCUUAUUUAUUUAUUAACCAAAAAAACGGGGAGGGCAAAUGAAAAGAAAUAAAGCAAAAUUUUGGAGAUCUAAACCAUGAAGCACCACAGCCUGGAAGGUCAAAAGCACAAAAGUCCAGCACUUCUUCCCAAAGGAAUCAUAUAGUAUUAACUCAUACAAAAGUUCCUUUGCAAAAAACAGAAGACUUGGGUUUGUUUGUUUGUUUUUUUAAGUAUUCUCCAUCCUGUGAGUUCCAUCAUCAUUGAAAAAAAAGGUUCUGCAUAAUCUUAAAGGUACCAGAUGUUUGCAUAUGCUGGUAUCACUGAGCAGAUGUGAGGUGCCUCAGUAUUUGUAUAAGAAAAUAAAAUACUUUAGAUACUUUCAGUUUAAAGAAAUACCUUUUCAAUACGAGGUAUGUUGGGGGGCCCUUUUCAAGUUCUGAAAGAGUCCAGGGGCCCAGUCUUGGAGCAGUGUGUGCUUAUGAGCGAAUAAUAAUACUAAUUUUAUUAUUUAUACCCCACCCAUCUGGCUGGGUGUCCCCAAGCACUCUGGGUGCCUUAUAGCAUGUCUAAAAAGAUAAUGAAAACAUCAUGCAUUAAAAAAACCUCCCAAUACGGGGCGGCCUUCAGAUGUCUUCUAAAAGUUGUGUAGUUCUUUAUCUACUUGACAUCUGAAGGGAGGGUGUUCCACAGGGACACACACACACAUUCUUGCACCCCUUGCACACUAACCGUCUUUUCUGUUCACCCACCCCCUGUUUCCCGGCAGCACAUCUUGCUUGGCCUGGCCUUCCAGGAGCUGUCCUGGGACCACACUUUCCCCAACGAGGAAGAGCACAUCCUUUGGCUGGAGUUUGAUGGGGAGAACGAGGGCACGCCCGUCAACAAACUCCUGAAGGUCUACUCCAAGCAGGUAAGAACCUAAGAAGGGCCUGCAGGACCAGGCCAGUGGCUCACAUCCUCUUCUCACAGUGGCCAAUCAGAUGCCUCUUCUGGGAUACCUGCAAGCAGGAUUCGAACACAAGCCCUCUCCCCUCCUGUGCUUCCCAGCAGCUGGUAUUCAGAAGCAUUGCUGUGCUCAUGUGUGCAUGAAUAACUGGCAAGCACCAAACCCUUAUUUGGAAGAGCAACACUUUUUAAAAUCUUCGUAGCAUUUAACACAAAACAAAAUAAAUGACGUGCUGGCUGUCCGGCAGUGAUGCUCCACAAAAUAUCUGGCCACAGAAACAAUUCUCACUUUGCAUGGAGAACUCAGCCCAUCUCUUCCGGCCUAAGAGAUGCCUCGUCUUGGGGCCCAGCUUGUAAGAAUAUAAGGUGCCCCAAGAUUGUCAUAAGAAAAUCAGCUGUGUUUUUAAAUGCAUUGGGUGGUGCUGUGGGUUAAACCACAGAGCCUAGGACUUGCCGAUCAGAAGGUCGGCGGUUCGAAUCCCCGUGAACUCCCGUUGCUCAGUCCCUGCUGCUGCCAACCUAGCAGUUUGAAAGCACAUCAAAGUGCAAGUAGAUAAAUAGGUACCACUCUGGCGGGAAGGUAAACAGCGUUUCCAUGUGCUGCUCUAGUUCGCCAGAAGCGGCUUAGUCAUGCUGACCACAUGACCCGGAAGCUGUACGCCGGCUCCCUCGGCCAAUAAAGUGAGAUGAGCGCCGCAACCCCAGAAUCGGUCACAACUGGACCUAAUGGUCAGGGGUCCCUUUACCUUUACGUUUUUUACUUUUUAUUCUGCCUUUCCUCCAAGGAGUUCAAGGUGGCAUAUCCCCCAGCUUGUCCUCCUCACAACAACCCUGCGAGGAAGAGCAAGCCAAGAGGAAAUAAAUAUAUGUAAUAUUACGAACUUCAAAUAGUGACUGGCCCAAAGUCAUCCAGUGAGCUUCAUGUGAGCUUUGCGGGUAGGACUUCUUGUUUUAAUUGUGUGCAGAGCCAUGCACAUUGAUGGCACUAUAUAAUUCAAUGCUAACAAUAAUGACCAAGUGGGGAUUUGAACUCAGGUCUCCCAGGCCUUAGCCCGGCACUCUUAACCACUGCAGUUAGCUGCUGCUCCUUCUUUCCCUCCAGGCUGAACUUAUGAGCGGCCUGAUAGAGUAUUGCAUUGAGCUAAACACGGCUGCCGAGGGGGGAGCUCUGGACCCCAGCGCUGCGUCCUCCUCCUCUGCGUCCCAGAGCCCCGCAACUGACAGGCGGCACCCCAAGCUCCAGCGGCAGAACAGCGUCCUCUGCAGCCGGAUCCAGCAUCUUUCGACCAUAGACUAUGUUGAGGAUGGUAAGUUGGCAAAAGCGGGGAGCCGGGGUGGGUGCCAGAUGCGGAAGGUUGUGUGGUUGAAAGGGUGGGAGACAAUGUAGCCUGUGCUAGGGGUGGGGGGAUGUUAAGUUAUUUUUUGUGGGGUCUUUUGGCUUCCCAGAGGUAGAUUGCGGUUGACCACUGUGGGAAACAGGCGCAGAGAGAGCCUGUGGCCUUCCAGGUACAGACGUACCUUGGUUAUCAAACGCCCUGGAACUCAGACAUUUUGACUCCCGAACGCCGCAAACCUAGAAGUGAUUGUUCCUGUUUGCAAACGUUCUUUUGGAACCCGAAUGUCCAACAGGGCUUCCGUGGCUUCUGAUUGGCUGCAGGAGCUUCCUGCAGCCAAUCAGAAGCCACAAUUGGUUUUCGAACAUUUUGGAAGUCAAACAGACUUCCAGAAUGGAUUCCAUUUGACUUCCAAGGUACAACUAUACUACGUUAUUUUGAUGCUGUCUUUUGACUCCCCCAAAAAUCCCCCUCCCCAGGCGUCUCACAAAUAUAUCUCAGGGGGCAGAUGUUGCAGAACCACAGCUUCCAGCAUCCCUCACCGAUUGCCCCGCUGACUGGGGGUGCUGGGAGUUGGAGCCCAACAAUAGCGUUAUGCAAAGGAUCGGAAAAACGAAACUGGCAAAUAUCACAAUGCUUACACACAAGCCUCUGUUGUGUCCCUUUUGGAGCUCUGUGUGGAGUUCCAGUUGCCUCGUCACAAAGAACUGAGGGGGAAAGGAGCGACAAAAUUGAUCGAACAGCUGGAGCAGCUGCCGUUGCAAUUUUCUUUUGUUGCAUUUAUUGUUGUUGUUUAGUCGUUUAGUCGUGUCCGACUCUUGGUGACCCCAUGGACCAGAGCAUGCCAGGCACUCCUAUCUUUCAUGGCCUCCCGCAACUUGGUCAAACUCAUGUUCAUAGCUUCAAGAACACUGUCCAGCCAUCUCGUCCUCUGUCGUCCCCUUCACCUUGUGCCCUCCAUCUUUCCCAUUUAUAGCCCACCUUAUUCUGCAAGAAGCUCAAGGUGGCGCAGAGGGUUCUCCCCUCCUCAUCUAAUCCCCACCACAACCCAGUAAGGUAGACUAAACGGAGAGAGGCAGGGACACCCAAGUGGAGAUUUGAGCUCUGGACUCCCAGGUCCUAGUUUGACAGACUAGGCACUACACUACAGGGGCUCAGGUGGACAGCGCUUGGGGCUCUUUAGCUUAGAAAAAAAGUCAGGUGGGAACAUGAUAAGAGGUGUUUAAAACCAUGCAUGAUAUGGAAGAGGUGACUAGAGAGGGUUUUUCUUCUUUCUCAUUCUAUUAGAGUACUGUGAAAAGUGAGGGAGGGGUAGGAGACUUUGCCUGUACCCAGGGACCCAGCACUUCUACACAAAGUUCAUAGUUUGUAACGCAAUAUGGCAUGGAAAUAAAUAAAAUAAAAACCAAAGUGCCUUGUUAAACUAUGGAACUCACUCCCACAAGAAGCAGCGACGGCCCACCAACUUGGAUGGCUUUAAACAGGGAUGAGGCAGAUUUAUGGAGCUGUAGACAGCCUCCAGGACCAGAAGCCACCCCCCCCCCGCCCUGCCCCUAGGUGCCAGUGGCUUGGAAUUGCAAAGAGCAGGAGAGGGGGGCCUGUUGGACUCAUGUCCUGCUUCUUGGGCUUCCCAGGGUCAGGGUGCUGGGCUAGGUGUACCAGUUUCCCAUCCCGAUCUAUUCAAUUGUCAGAUUAAACCCCUGAUUGGCCACGUACCAGAAAAACAGAGCCUCCAAGCACAGGGACAGUCUACCUUGGAUUGCUGAGUCCUUGGGAUAAGGAACACUGAAGAGGGUUGUCACCUCACUGCUCUGCUUGAGGAAAACGUGAUGCUGGACUAAAGGGACAUAAAUAUUUUUAACGAUCCCACCCCCCACCCCACCCCUCCACAAGGCUCCUCUUGGGGUAGGAACCAUUGUUAUCUCUGCACUGCUGGCCCUGGACUGUACAGUUUCUGCUUCUCUCCCCAGGGAAAGAAAUCAAGAGAGUGAAACCCCGCCGGACUACCUCAUUCUUUGGCCGCCAGUUAUCCAACGCCCCCACCUCCUACUCGGCUGUCCGGGGGGCAGAGAACCUGGAGCAGGGCUGACUGCCUUCAGCAGGUGGCAUUAUUGGGACCAAUCGACUUGGGGGGCAGCUGAGCUGUCGGCAUUCUAACCACCUUCUGGUAUUGGAGCCAAAUCCUCCCCCCUCCAGAAUCCUACACACACGCCAAUACAUCUCAAGUAACUUUUCUCCCCAUUUCUGAGUUUGUUGUCAGUGUGCAGCAGAGGAUCCAGGCAGUUGUUUGUCCUUUGGUGGCUGAGUCCUGCCUCCUGGUCUGCUUUCUCUCCAAAUUUGGUUCUGCUGAGCAUAUGAGGUUCAGGGCAAGGCAGGGCGAAGAACAUUGGGGACCACUGUCAGAGGGAAAGCUGAGCUCUAAUCUUGCAUCAGAUGUCUGCUUGCCUUGAUCUGCCUCUUAUUCCAGCAGUUGCAUCUUCAGAAAUACUCUUUUUUUUGCAGACAAGAUACUUGUUUCAUUCAUUUACUUCAAGCCCCACUACAUUUCUCCUGUUCCUUACAGAGAGCCUGGUGACUGGGGAGCUAUAGGGGGAAAACAUUUGAAGGAAGCAGGGCUGGGAGACACCGUUUCAGAUGCAAGUCAGAGCAUGUUUAUUUGCAGAACAGUUUGUCUGCCUGAGAUGCAGCUCUGGUGGAUGAGCUUUGUCCUAGCUGCACCUCCCCACACCCAGCUACAGCCCCCAAUGUUGGCAUUCUGAAGGGGUUUUUUGUCUGCACAUCUGAACAACUUCUUCAUUCAUCAUAAAUGCCCCACCCCCAAAAAAUAGGUUCCAAUUCCCUUGAAGUAGCCUGAACAUAUGUUGGUACUGCAGCAAGGAAGGAUUUAUGCAACACGAAGGCUCCACACAUUUUAUUUCUUUUUGCCUUUUGCAGAAAAUUUAAUUUCACUCCAGAAUUGUAACGGGGAAUGUUAUUAAGCAUUUUACCUUAGCAGGCUGGGAAUAUUCAAAACAAAGGUGUGCUCUGAGAGAUGUGAACUCUAGGGGAGAAAUGUGCCAUCUUUCCAUUUUAUAUUUGGGUGUUUAGAAAGGCACAGUUGCGUUUGCAGAUAGGGCACAGCUGGAUCAUGAUGUGUGUACACAUACCCCAUCGAUACUUCUGGAAGCCUCCCAGAAUUGGGCAAGAAAUGAGUGGUGUUUAGUGCAUCUAUUAACUUUAAACAUAUGUACCCCAUUUGAGGUUGUACAUUCACUUCUGCACUUGGGAGAAAAAAACUAUGUUGAACUGUUUCAAGCAACUUUGAACCCAAAGAACGUUUUUGUGGUUGGCGGAGGGUGGAUGUCAUUACAUCUAGAAAAGCCCUAGCUUUGCCAGUUCAGGGACUGGGAAACUUGUGGCCCUGCAGAUGUUGAGCCAGUGGUCAGUGCUGAUGGGAGCUGGUGUUGCACAGAUCUCCUCACCAUUUUCCUUCUCCCUAAGCCUGCAGAGCAUCCAUGAGGGAUGUCUUUGCAGCGGGGUCCUGUCCUGUGAUUGCUCCCCCCUCUGCCAGCAUCUCUCUCCAUGCUGUGCCUCUAAGGCCACCGCUGCUCUUUGUAACUUGCUCGUAGGGACCUGGGCAUUGACCUAGCCACAGAAAGCACGGUAGGAGAAACCUCAUCUUGCACACAAAGUUGGGGGAAAGUGCCUUUUUUUUAACUUCCAAAGAAAUACUAUGCAACGUGUUUUACACUAAUCUUUAUUUUCAGUGUGUGUUAACUCACUAACUUUGUAUAAAGGAUCAUUUGUUUGUUGCAAUAAAGAUGGUGGAUCUGAGUAUGCGUUGCAUUGUUUUAAAACAUCACUUUUUUAUUAUUCUGAGCAUGUCCAAAGUAUCAGGGGAUACUGAGCAUGCUCUGUUCCUGCUAAAACUGCAGUGUUGCAGUGCUUGCCUCAAACAUAUCACAAUAAAAGAUGCUCUGGCCUUUUUCUCUCUAUGGGGUGGGGAGGGGAGGGAAACUGCUGCAAGAGGGCAGAAAAAGGCUUCAGUUGCUCCUACUGGGCGUGCUCAGCAUGCUCCCAAACGCUUGGCCAGGAAUGCUAUUUGUAUAAUUUACUGCUCAUGUUCCAGCCCCGCCAGGGGCCGCCACUGCUCCGCAUUCCCAACAGCUGCACAUUCCUGUCCUCCAUGUUCUUCCUAGAAGUUGUACGCCCUCUAAAAUAACUCUCCAGCCCAGGCUAUUCUCAGGGUCCCCACAUUUUUCUUGCCUUCUCCUCUCCUGCCCUACAUGGGGCUCACGUCAUCUGCCUGGCAUUCGAGCAAAGGUUUAUAUUUAAGCAUUUAGUGCCCGGCCUACUUUAAACCUAGUAAGCUCCUUGUAUUUCAUUUUCGUAACCGUUUUCCUAAUGCUGAGGCCAGAGGAAGUGGGGGACAACUGAACAGGGGGCGAGGCGCAAGUGUCUGUCUUGUGUGUGUGCAUUUGAGCGUUGGCAUCCCUGAUGAGGGUGAAGGGAUUAGAAUGAAUACUUUUAUUCGUUCUCUUCUGCUCCACCACAGUUUCUUACUCUUACAGUUAUCUCCCACGUUCCUCUCUCCCAAGGAGCUCAAGGUGGCACACAUUGCUCUCCCUCCUCAUUUAAUUCCUGCAACUAUAACCCUGCGAUGUAGGUUAGACUGGCCCAAGUGAGCUUCAUAGCUGAGUUGAGGAUUUGAAACUUAAUCUCUUCUAGCUCUUAGUCUGGCAUCCUAACCACUAAUAUCCUCAGCAGCAGCAUUAUUAUUAACUACGAUUAUUAUUCCGUUAAACAUAUUUUAUUGGUUUUUCCAAAUAAAACAGUCACAAGUAUUGGUUUCGUUUCCAAUAAAUCAUAAGAAAAGACAUUGCAAGUAGGUUGGAUAGUCAUGGAUGUGUUAGUUGAGAUUCCUGCAUUGCAGGGAGUUGAACUAGAUGACCCCUAGGGUAAUAUGAUAGGUAUAAAAUGAUGGGGGGGUAUAAAAUUAGGGGGAAAGAGCUCUGAUUAGUUCACCCCAUCUAAUAAAUCUGUUUUUGUUAUUAUUAGAUACACUUCAGCACCUUUGAAAGAAUUCCUAGUCAGCGCAUGAGUUCAUUACUGGCUUUGGGUGUUGUUUGCCCUGCUGGUCUGCUGCUUGGGAAGAGGCGGUGGAAAAUCUCAGGCUGGCCUUUGCUCAGCCCCCUCGCCACACCCCGCUGUGUUUGCAAUGCAGAGCUUAGAUGCUGACCUUGCACAGAGGCAAGGGUGUGUCUGUGUGUUGGUUAGCAGGAGAGACGUGAUGGACAAAUGACAACUGCAUUAUGUUUGGCAAGAAUUCUCAUAAAGGCUGCAGUGUGUACAGGACACAUUCUGGAGAAAUGAGCGAUGCAGCGAUUUUAGAGGGAGGAACAGGCUCAAAUCUCCACUCAGCCCUGCAGUUCUGCCUCCACGGUUGGUGGCAGUGAUGCUUCUGAAUACCAGCCGCUGGAAACUGCAGGGGGGGGGAGGGAUCUUGUGCUGGAAUUCUGCUUGCGGGUUUCCCAGAAGAGGCACCUGGUUGGCCACCCUGAAAAGAGGAUGUUGGACUAGGUGGGCCUUUGGUCUGGUCCAGCAGGCUUUUCUCAUGUGCUUACAUUCUUAUGAGAACUUUGGACCAAACGCUCUUAGCCUAGCCUGCCUCACAGGGUUGCUGUGAGCUCAAACCCACAGCCCAACAAUUGCAGCUCUUUGGGUGAUGCUGGACCAGUCUCUCUCUCUCUGCCCCUCAACCUACCUCACAGGAUUGUUGUGAGGAGAAAAGGGAGGAGCCUAGUACACUGCCCUGAUCAGCCAAUAAAUGGUGGCACCUGCACCAUAGAGUAUAUUUUAUGGCAUUAACCAUUCCAAGUGAAAAUCUUUACCACAGCAAAAAUAUACUUGUUAUCUAAUAUUGUUAUUUAUACUGUAUAUAAAUAUUCUGUCUUCUUUUUAAAAAGAACAUUUUUCUCAACCUUGAUUUAUUUCUACGAUAAAAUUAAAAGUGGAACAUUGACUGAAUUAAGUUUUUUUCAUUCCUGAUUUUAGGGGACUUUUUAAAGUGAAUCAAACAUAGUGGUGCUCAAGGUAUAUUUGAAUGUUGGUUAUAAUCCGGAUGGUUGUGGGAGCUACUUCUUAAAGCAGUGUGGGGAUUUCAUAUAGCACUGUGUCAUCAAACAUAAAAUAUAUUUUUCAGACUGCUAAGAUGUAACCCCACAGAUCACUGUCAAUAAAUUGAGGGCAGUUACUGCAGUGGCAAGUGAGAAUCUCCCAAUUUUAAAAAACAGCUCUGGUCUCAAAUGGGUUGCUGUUAUAUUUAACGACUCCAGUAGGCUUGGAUAGCUUUCCGAAAACAACUUAAAAUGCUGGUGCUUACUUUGAAAGGCUUGGGACCCAAAUACCUGAGAGGGGGCCCUAUUCCCAAUAUCAGCUUGCCUGUGUCUUUUUAGAUGUUCUAUAGAGUCCCUUCUCCAAAUACCCUCUUUAGCAGAAGUAUGCUUAAUGAAUAGGCAUUUCCUGUGGUGGCACCCCAGCUUUGCCUCACCCCAAAGAAGCACCUUCCUAUCUGCCCAGACAUGUUUAUAGCCUGACUCUUUAAUUCACCAUAUUCUUGCUUGUUGGUUUUCACGUUCUAUUUUUAUGCUGCAAGUUAUUUUGUUAACACCUUUGUACACCACCUUGAAAUCUUUUGCUGACAGCUGGCUAAUAAAUGCUUUCAAGACAU